UUUGGCCACAUAUAAAAGCCAUAUCAGAUCAUCGUAUCCACAGCACACAUCUUUUGUUGAGCGCAGUCUAAACACUUCAAAUCAUGAAAUUCCUGAUCAUUGCUGUUGCCUUUUUGGCCUGCGCCUUCGCUGAUGUUUCGGAGCUUUCUGGAUAUGAUUACCACGAGCCCGCUCCUGCUGCGCCAGUGGAGACCUACAUCCCCCCCGCACCUGCUCCAGUUGAGACCUACAUCCCACCAGCACCACCUGCACCCGAGUACAUCCCCCCUGCACCCAUCCAGCAGGAGGAGUCCGUCAUCGAGGAGAUCGAGCAGCCCGCCCAGGACGGAUACCGCUACAAGACCGUCCGUCGUCGGGUCUUCCGUCACCGCAACUAAAUAGGAAGCCCAUUGUUAUUGUUGAUUUGUUAACUCGAGUGUUAUUGCUAAAAUACCAUCCUCUGAAAUUCACUUUGAGAGUAAAAAAUGAAGAGAAAUUGUCACUGAAA